AUCUCAUUCCAUAUUCAAGAAGGAAAGAAAAAGACCUAACAUUCCAGCGGUUAAACCCUUUUUAUUUUAUGAGAAUAUACAUGCCUGAAUAUCCUCGAUAUGACAUGAAAUAACAGAUACUGAUGUAAACAAACGCAUAGAUAAUAUAAAUUGUUAAUUGUAAACAGUCCUGCUUUGCUAAUGAUCUCUUUAUGAUCACCUGUUCAGCUUCCAUAAUCUGGUAUUACAUCCAGGUGAAAGUAGGGCUGUUUUUUAUUUAACAGACAUAAUGGAAAUAUUUAGUGCCAUCUCAGAUUUUAUUUCACCAGAUACAGAGGGCUCCCAGAAUAUACUGUCGUUUAAGAAAGGUGACAAAUUUGAAAUAUUUGAUGUUAACAAAACCAGUGCUGAAUGGUGGGGAGCACGAGCUGUUUCUGAUAAUGCUGUGGGAUAUGUUCCAUCAAAAUAUAUGAAGUUUGAAGAAAGAAAGAUCGGAAAGUUGAUCUCAGAAGAUAUAAAGAGCCAAAGAGAAGAAUCAAUACAGAGAUUUUCUGAGAUGCAGAACACAUCACCAGACCCACAGACACCUGUACCUGACUACGAGGAGGGAACUGUAGACAGUCAAGAAACUUACGAAAAAUAUUGUUCAUUCGCCAAAAAUUUUGGCUCUGUAAUCAACAACAUAAAACUGAUAGAUGACCAAUAUGAUAUUCCUGAACCAGAACCAGAUUAUAAUGAUGUAGUAGACUCUGGAGAAGGAUUACAAGGGAAUGGGGAACCAGUCAUCAUCAGAGCCAGAGGCCCAUCAGAGACAGAAAAACGUUUAUCUGAUCCAGACAUUGAAAAUAAUGAACUCAUAAAGCCAAGAAAACUUUCAAAUCCAUGUGUGGAUUCUAGAGAACGAAUGGCAUUACAUAAAGAACUACUACGGAAUUAUAAAAUUGGUAAAAAUGUGCUAGAAAAACCUGAACUUUCUAAAGUUUUGGACCAAAGAAAAGAAAAACAAAGAAGAGAAGAAUGGGAUGCUCAGAUGAAAGCUGCACAGAAAAGAUCAAGUUUUGAAUAUAAAUUAGAACAACAAGCAACAAGAUUAAAGGAGCAAGAAGACCUCACAAUGAAACCCAUUAAAGAAGAAGGUAAUCAAACUGAACUAUCAAAAAUCCAGGCAAAAAUAUUAAGCAAGACAGCUAAUGGUCAAGUGAAGUGACAUCAUUCUGAAUUUUAUCAAUUUGUGGAAUCUGGACAGAGUUAGAAGACCUUGAUUCUAAGAAGCUGGUUUUCUUUUCUUGUAAAUCUAGUGAAGUUGGAUAUUAUAGAUGAUUCUGUAUGAAAGUAAAGAAUGUAACUUGUAUUUUAUCAUCUUAAAUGUUUAUUUUAAUGUAUUUAAAAACUUUCCAUGUUAACCUGUAUUGAGCAUAUGACAGACAUGUUUUAAUUUAAGCAGAAAGUUAUUCUUGAAACAUUGUUGAAAUCACUGCUCUGCUGACAUUAGAUCUUCAUAACUUUAAAAAAUAUUACUUUUUUUAAUCUCAGCUUUUUUACAUUUUGUGCAAGCAAAAAAAUGAAUUUGCAUUCCAAGUUAUGAUCAAUAAUGUAUCAAUUGGACCACAAUGUGAAUGCCAUUUUAAUCUAUUCAUUGUCAGAAAUCCAGUGAUAAACUUGAAAUUAGUUUAAAUGGUAUUUCACAUUCUUUUUUGUACCUCAGUUUCCAUAUUGUAUGAUGAUAAUACUCAGUGCAAAAAGUUCACUCACCAUGAGUUGUGACAUCUUAAAAUGAAAUACAGCAUAUGUAUUAAAUUUUUAGAAAGUCAUCAAACAGAAUGUAUUUUUUGUGGAAAUAUUAAAAAGUACUGUAGUUGGGAAAAGGGCACAAUUAAUUGGAUGGAAUUCUGGCGAGGGAGUUUAUAUGUUCUUUGAAUAGUGCUAGAAAUGGUAUUAAAUUGAAAAUUAUCUGCCCAUCAUUAUGAAUUGCAUAAGGAUUUGAAUUCUGUAAAGCAUGUUUACACAAAAAUUAUCACCUAUUUUUUCAAAUUUAGGGGUUGAAAAGAAAAGGUCACAUAACCCUCAAAAGCUCAGGUGUAUUAUGUAAAAAUGCCUUAUGUCUCAUAGCUUUAAAUCUAUUUUGAUGAACAUGAAAGUAAAUUAAAAAGCACCACAGUAUUUGUAUACCAAACAGCAUUUGAUUUGAUGUAAGGAACUGACUAGAUCAACAUGUGCUUAUUUGUAGAAUAAUGUCAUUGUAAAAUUGCAAGCAAAUUCAGUCUUUAAUACUGCAGUUUCAUAUUUCUUACUAUCAAUUUUAUCAUACCAUAUAUUUUAUUUUUGAGGACAAAUGCAUGCCCUCUUUCCAAACAGAUAAAAAGGAAUUUCUAUUAAGUCCUAUGAUUAUGUGACUGCAAAUAUCAUUUCAGAUACUAAGUUACAUUUUAUCAGAUUUAUGUCUUUGCAUGGAAAUUUUUAAAUUAACCAAUAUUAAGUCAGUGUAGUAAAUUUUGUGCUUCAGAAAUUACAUAAUGGUGCUAUACUGGUGAAUGCUAUCAUUGUCUCAGGGCUUAGUAUUGCCAUGUUUCCCUCCAUUGGUGUUGUCAUGAUCUGUAUUUGUGUCAAAAACUUAACAGUACUAUGGCAACCAUAGUUCAAUCAUUCCUGCUAUUUUACAGCAGUCAUCAAAUUCAGGAGUUACAGGAGAUUGCAUAGAUUACUAUAAAAUAAAUUGUUUAUUAUUUGUAAAUUUUCUUUUAAAAAAAAACGCUUCCAAAACUAUGAUGAUACAUAGGACUCAAGUCAAAUUGAAAGACUUUUACAGGAAUUUCUAAAUUUUUUUGAAUCACUUAAGUUGCCAUGGUAAUAAUUAAUCUUUAAUAUUGUAAGAUAUAAUGUGUAAAUUGAUGUCAAAUUUAAAAAUCUGCCUUUUUACACUCCAAAGCAGAAGCUUGUUCAGUGUUUCUUGUUAUUGUUGCAUUUGAGAAGUUUUAACAGAAAGGACAGAUCUUCCAUGACAUAAUAUUGUGUUCUUUUCGUGUUCCAUUCCAUUAAUGGGUCCUUUUGCAUCUUCAUGUUAGUUACAGCCUAUUAAAUGGAGAUUCUGAUUUUUGUUUUUAGAGUGUUGAUUGUUUUUGAAAAUGGUAAAUCCUUUGUCGUGUGGCCAAAUAAUAAAAUGUCUUCUAUCACCGUUACAUUUAUUUUUGGAAAAAUGCUUAAAUCUCAUAUUUUGCUAUGUCCAUUGAUUUUUAUACAUCCAUAAUUGUUGUUUUAUAUUAAAUUGUGCAUGUCGAAACGAGUGAAAAAGUUUGCAUAGAUGUAAGUCAGUUUCUGCGUCCAUAGAUGUCUAUUUUCAUACUUAACGUAACAACGACCCAGCAUUUUAAUACCAUAUUUAUAAAUCAAUGUUGUUUCUAAAUUGUUUAAAUAUGUGUUCAAUGUAUAGUUUUAAGUUAACAAAAGUAGAAUAGUAAGGAAAUUGACACUGAAACAAAACAAUGUAUAUUUUAUGUGAGGAUGAAUGGUAUGUGUUAUCCUGUAUACAAUACUCUUUAUUUAAGAUUACAGCACAUACAGAAAUAGCCAGAGUGUAUUGAGGAAUUAUUUUUUAGGUACAUUUUGUAUUUAGAGGAAAAGAUAGUAAAGAAAAUAUGUUUCAAUUUGUAAAAAGUACAAAAAAACAUUUAUAGCAAAAAUGGGUUAAAAUCUGGUAUUUUUUCUUAACCUUUGUUCAUCAUUUUAUGAUAUUUGACUCAAAUGUACAUUUAUAGUUCUCCACAAAAAGAGAUGCAGUUCAUGACACUUUCCAGUUAUGAAAUGUGUAUUUCUCUUGGUUAAUGUAGCUUUUGUUUAGAGAAGCUAUAUAUUUGUCAAAAGAUGAUAAGAGCUUCGCAUAGGAAGCUCCAAAUUUUCAUUAGUGAUUUUAGAAAUAUUAUAUUCAGGUACUGUUUCACUCAUCGUUAUGAGUUUGGACAAUUUAAUAUUUAAUGUGCUAUAUGUUACAUUGUAUCAUUUGCUGGUGGACCAGAUUUCAUGUGCUUUAUGUUACAUUGUAUCAUUUGUUCUUGGACCAGAUUUCAUGUGCUUUAUAUUACAUAGUAUCAUUUGUUCUUGGACCAAAUUUUGUGCUAAUUUCUCCUCAUGGACCAGUCAGGUUUUAUGUAAAUAAUUUUGUUCUCUAUUGGUCCAAGUAAUUAUAUUGUAUGUUAUUAUUGUUUCAUAUAUAAUUUGAUUUAUGUUAUCCAGUAUUAUUUGUUAUUAAUAAAAUGAUAGAAAUAAUUAAAA